AUGGCAUCGACACUGAACGUAACGUGUGGUUCAUGUGGAUAUGAAGACUUCUUAAAAAAUGCAAAGAAAUGGUUUACCAUAUGUGAGGAGGGAUUCUGUGGAGAAUGUGAAAAAUACCACAAAUCUAUGAAAGUUACGAGGAAUCACAAGAUGAUUUCUAUUGAGGACUAUCGUCAAAUUGAAAGCAUUUCAGUAAAUCAUGGUAAAAAGCUAGAUCUUUAUUGCAAGAAACACGAUAUUGCGGUGUCCGUAGUCUGUAUUCAUUCAGAACAUAAAUCCUGUUCCUCUUCUGAUGUCAUCUCCAUUGAUGAAGCAGCAGAAAACGCAAAACAAUCAACUUCACUCUUAGACUUAAAAGGAUCUAUCUCAACAACAAUAGACAACGUGAAACACUGCAUCAAAGAUCGAGAAAUAGCUCUGAAAAAUGUCGACCAAGAUGAACAAACAAUACGUAAAACGAUUACAGACACGCGGAAUCUCAAUAAAUACUUGGAUGAACUUGAGAGAAAACUGCUCCUAGAUUUGAAAUCCAAACAUGAAAACUGUAAAUCUAAAAUCAUUAAAAUUCUUCAUCAAUUGAGGAAAAUAGAGAAAGACGUAGAACACUUGAAAAAGCAGACACUUCAAAUGAAACGUUUUACAUCUGACCUGCAAGUAUUUCUAGGAACACGCCAAUUAAACAAAACAAUUAGUAAAACGAUUGGAUCACUCAAAGAAGAGAUCACAAGUUGUACGAAAAAGAGAAUUGAGAUAGAGGUGAAUAACGUGAUCAGUUCCUUAGUGAAAGAGGUAAAACAAUUAGGAGAAAUCAAAGUUAUUGAAACUAUGGCCAAUCUACAAUAA